UUCUCUUAGGUAUAGUGUAACAUCGGGGAUAAUUGUUUAAGCAAAAGACAGAGUUCAGAGAAAGGAGAAUGUACUGAUGUCCACGUAGCAUCUAGAUGUUUAUCCAGUAGAGUAGUGACUAGCUGGAUGUGGCUGGUGAGCAUUUGAAAGGUGGCUAGUUGGAACUGAGAUGCUAAAGGUGACUCUUGUGAUGGUGGGACUUGAUAAUGCUGGCAAAACGGCAACGGCCAAGGGAAUCCAAGGAGAGUAUCCUGAAGAUGUAGCUCCUACUGUUGGAUUUUCCAAAAUUGACCUUAGACAAGGAAAGUUUGAAGUCACCAUCUUUGACUUGGGAGGUGGAAAAAGAAUUCGGGGAAUCUGGAAGAAUUACUAUGCUGAGUCCUAUGGGGUAAUAUUUGUUGUGGAUUCCAGUGAUGAAGAGAGAAUGGAAGAGACAAAAGAGACAAUGUCAGAAGUGCUGAGACAUCCUAGGAUAUCGGGAAAGCCUAUAUUGGUGUUGGCAAAUAAACAAGACAAGGAAGGGGCUUUAGGGGAAGCUGAUGUGAUUGAAUGUCUGUCGCUGGAAAAAAUGGUCAACGAGCACAAGUGCCUGUGUCAGAUAGAACCUUGUUCAGCAAUCUUGGGAUCUGGAAAGAAGAUUGACAAGUCCAUUAAAAAAGGUCUUUAUUGGCUGCUACAUAUCAUUGCAAGAGACUUUGAGGCCUUAAAUGAACGCAUUCAGAAAGACACAAUAGAACAACGUGCUCUUGAGGAACAAGAGAAACGAGAAAGGGCUGAACGAGUGAGAAAGUUACGAGAGGAAAGAGAACAAAGAGAACGAGAGCAGGCUGAACUCGAUGGAACCAGUGGUCUGGCUGAGAUGGACCCAGAACCAAUUAUUGUUAAUCCUUUCCAGCCGAUAGCAACUGUUAUCAUUGAGAAUGAAAAAAAACUUGAAAAAGAGAAAAAGAGGCAAAAUAUGGAGAAUGACUGUGAUGCCUGCCCCCUGACGCACAGAAUGGAGCAUGAGCGGAGCCGGAUCAGUGACAGCAGCCAAAAAAACAGUGAGCUUGGAACAGUAGAAAAUUAUACUGAAGCAUUAACACAGCCGUUGGAGAAUGAAGAUGAGACAGACCAGCCAUCAUCAGAAUCAGAUAACAGUAAAAAGAAAACUAAGAAACUAAGAAUAAAAAGGAGUCACCGUGUAGAACCUGUUAAUACAGAUGACUCUGUUCCUAAGAGCCCCACACCACCCCCACCUCCUCCUCCUGUUGGCUGGGGAACCCCCAAAGUCACUAGACUUCCAAAACUUGAGCCUCUUGGUGAAACACGUCAUAAUGAUUUCUACGGGAAACCACUGCCUCCCCUGGCAGUGCGACAGAGACCUAACAGUGAUGUCCAUGACAUGAUCUCAUAACCAAGUCUUGUGGAUGAGCUGUCUUAAUAUAGGCAGGAUCAACUGGAGGACCUUCUUUCUAGGCAUGAUAACCUUAGCAAUUUCACUGAGGAGGUUGAUGACCAAAUACAUGAGUGAUCUGAUAAUUACUUAGCCAUGUUGUUCAUGGUUUAAAAAAUAAAAGGAAGCAGAAGAACCAGCAGAUGGGAUGAGCAUUUUGGACCAAGUUAGCAAGUUAGUAUUGACUCUGGUUUACACAUCCCUACUCAUGGGCAUAUUCCUGAAGGAGAACCUUUCAGAAACAGAGCCAAUGGACUUUGCACACUUUCAUUACUAUUUGUUUAAUAGUCUUUAUUUCUGAACUGUUAACCUUUUUGGUAAGAUACAUGUGCAUGGAAGGGGAACUCUUGGGAAUUUAUAACCUAAAUUUUUAACUUUUUAUAUUUUUCUAAAACAUUUGUUUAAGAAUUUUAAUUACUAUGAUAUUGACUGUAUACUUUUC